CUCAUCUUCUUCUCUACACAACAACAUUUCACCAACUUGCAUCUAUUCCGUGAACAUCAUCAUCAUCAUCAUCAUCAUCAAAACACCAACACGUGUCCAAAGCCUUUCGGAGCAACUUAGUUUUUAAAAGGUGAAAAAUCAGUGUCCAUUUGAUGGAGAGUGGCGUGGUCCACGUCCACCGAGGGGGGGACCGGUGUCCAUGGGGGAUCCAGGCCGAGGAAGAGUGCACCUGGCCGGCCUCACCCACCUCCGUCCCUUCGGCCUUGGAGAUGUUGAACGGCACGUGGGAGGAGAGCGACGCCGAGCCCAUGUCGCCCAUCAUCCCCAUCAUCGUGGCCGUGUACUCCGUGGUGUUCGUGGUGGGCCUGCUGGGUAACUGCCUGGUCAUGUACGUCAUCUUGAGGUACACGAAGAUGAAGACGGCGACCAACAUCUACAUCCUGAACCUGGCGGUGGCCGACGCCCUGGUGACCACCACCAUGCCCUUCCAGAGCGCCGACUACCUGCUGAGCUCGUGGCCGUUUGGCCAGGUGGCGUGCAAGGUGUUCAUCUCCAUCGACUACUACAACAUGUUCACCAGCAUCUUCACGCUCACCAUGAUGAGUGUGGACCGCUACGUGGCCGUGUGUCAUCCCGUCAAGGCGCUGGACUUCCGCACGCCCGUCAAGGCCAAGAUCAUCAACGUGAUCAUCUGGGCGCUGUCGUCGGCCGCCGGCCUCCCCGCCAUGGUCCUGGGAAGCACCAAGACCAACAAUGGGACAACAGAGUGUGCCCUCCAGUUCCCAGAGCCGUACAGCUACUGGGACACGCUGAUGAAGAUCUGCGUGUUCAUCUUCGCCUUCGUGCUGCCCGUGGUCAUCAUCAGCGUCUGCUACACGCUGAUGAUCCUGCGCCUCAAGAGCGUCCGCUUGCUGUCAGGCUCCCGCGAGAAGGACCGCAAUCUGCGGCGCAUCACUCGCCUGGUCCUGGUGGUGGUGGCGGCCUUCGUGGUCUGCUGGACGCCCAUCCACAUCUUUAUCCUGGUCAAAGCUCUGUCGCCGGAUGUUCCCGAGACCACGCCGGUGAUGGCGGCCUACUUCCUCUGCGUGGCGCUGGGCUACACCAACAGCAGCCUCAACCCCAUCCUCUACGCUUUCUUAGAUGAAAACUUCAAGCGGUGCUUUAGGGACUUCUGCUGCCCAGCCGCCCGUAGAGACUGCCAGGGCGUGAGCCGGGUGAGGAGCACCUUGAGGGACCACUCAUGUCCCCGGGAGGCCCCCGGUGACCCUGGGCAGGCUAGGCCCGUAUGACUAGCUAUGGACGCGUCCUCGCCGCACGGCCCCGGCUGGGAAGACUCCAACGACCUGGGCUUGACCCAGAUCACCACAGCCAUCUGAGCUGUCUGGGAUGUGGAUAAUUAUGUAACACCUGACACUGUUUAGUCAAACAUUUCAAUGGCUCUCAAAUACGGUAAUUGUGGGGAAAAUGGUUAAUGUCAAUGAUAUGAGAUAAAAACAAAACAAAACACCUCUUUUAACCUCUAAAGUCUUAGUGGCCACAUGCGUGGACAGCACCUUUUAGCUCUUAUUUCCAAAAUUGUGUACACUACUGAUUUGGGGUCUUAUGGCCACUUAUGUGGACACUUAUACUGCCAUCUGGUGGUGUUAGAAGAGUAUAACAUACAAUAGAAUUUGGAGUAAAAAUAAGAAUUAGCAUGUCACUAAACAUGAAGUACACAUUUGUGUACUUAUGGACUAAGUACAUCAUAUCAAAAGAUGAUUCUUAGUUUUUAUUCUAAUUAGGGUCCAAUAAGCCCAAAUAGCAAAGAGAAAUUAAAAAAGCAUGUAAAAAAAACAGCUUGGGCCUUAAGAGGUUAAAGGAUUAUGAGGCGAUCUUAUUCACACAUUGACAUCACUAUAAAGUCAAACUGCAGUUUUGAUAAGUUUUGUCUCUGUAAGUGAAAUAAUGAUAAUAAUAAUAAUAAUAAUAAUAAUAAUAAUAAAGGAUAAAAUGUAAGCUUUUUGCAAGUUGGCCAUUUAGAACAAAUUUUCCGAGCGGGUGAACAAAAACAAAAAAAGAGGCUAAUGUUUGAUUAUAUAAGUGUUUUCUUCACCUAUAAUAUAUGUCUGUAUACAAAACUGUUAGUGUAGGCUCCCCUAUGUGGUCCAAAAUUAUAAUCCCAAUUAGCCUGUUCACCUGUGGGAUGUUCCAAAUAAGUCUUUGAUGAGCAUUCCUCAACUUUAUCAGUAUUUAUUGAAGCUUUUUUUGAAACAUGUUGCAGGCAUCAAAUUCCAAAUGAGCUAAUAUUUGCAUAAAAAUAACGUUUUGCAGUUCGAACGUUAAAUAUCUGGUCUUUGCAGUCUAUUCAAUUGAAUAUAAUUAAUGAAUAUAUAUAUUGCAAAUCAUUGUAUUCUCUUUUUAUUGACCGUUUACACAACUUCACCGCUUUUGGCUUUUGUCCAUUGGAAUUUUGGCAUACUUGCCAACCCUCCCGGAUUUUCCGCGAGACUCCCGAAAUUCAGCGCCUCUCCCGAAAACCUCCCGGGACAAAUUUUCUCCCGAAAUUCAGGCGGACUCAGGUCCAUGAGGACCUGAGACCGCUAACCCACAAUAUAAACAGCGUACCUGCCCAAUCACGUUAUAACUGUAGAAUGAUGGAGUGCGAGUUCUUGGUUUCUUAUGUGGGUUUAUUGUUAGGCAGUUUCAUUAACUUCCUCCCAGUGCGGUAACAACACACAACAACAGCAGUCACGUUUUUGUAUACCGUAAAGCAGUUCGUCUGCCGUAAACAGCAAUGUUGUGACACUCUUAAACAGGACAAUACUGCCAUCUAGUGCAUUUGAUGAAAGCACUUUUGUGCGUGCCACACAGCAAUGCAUCAUCAGAGAGGGUGUUCAGCAUGGUUCGAAAAAUAGUGACAGAGAAUAGAACAAGGAUGGACAAUUCAACCCUUAACUCAACAAUGAGUAGAUGAGUGUUAUGUGUGUGUAUAUGUGUAAA